GACGGUUGUGGCCACUCAGUGCUGGGCCCAGAGAGCGGUGUCCUCUCCUCUAAGAGCUACCCGGGCACCUACCCCAACAAUACCUGGUGUGAGUGGAAGAUCCAUGUGCCAAAGGGCAACAGCCUAGUCAUCAGGUUUGGAGACCUCGACGUGGAGGCACGGGACUGCCAGUCGGACUACGUCAAGGUCCUCAAAGGGGGCUACGGGGGAGAACAUGGUGAGUCUGAGUCAACCAACUUGGCCUUGGCUAUUGUCUCUCUGGGUCUAUGAGCGGAUGUAUGAACUAGCUAGCUAGCUGUGGUGUUGGUGGUUCUACACAGAACAGUCUUCACAACAUUCCUUCCCCACAGAUGUCGGACUGCGCUUCCCUAUUCACUUAGCCAAGGAACGAGUUCUUGUGGGGGAUUUGUCUAUAUAUAGAGAGCUGGAGGAGGGAGCGGAUGUCUCUGUUGCAGUUGAGAACAGCCUUACACAAAGAGGAAGGUGUGGAUGAUCAUGCUGGUCUGAGGAAAUUCAAGCCCACAGUGUGUUCUAUUAAAGUCUUUCUGUUACCUUGAUCUCUGUGCUUUGAUGGGGUUUGAAUAUACAUCUUGGUGGGUUUGACAAGUGCAAUUGUUAGUGAGUUUGACAAGUGCUAUUGACAAAAGUUGGAGGUAACAGAGAGAAGAAGUGCUCAGGGCUUUGCAACAGAUAUGUAGAAUGUUUGAGUUGAAUAGACAGGCCUUACAGAUAGUGUGCUCUUAACUGACUCUUAACUCAAUUUCUUUACAGUGAUUGUCAUACAUUUGUUAGAGGUCAAUCAAUUUGUGUUGAACAAAUUUAAGGAAACCGUGACACAAGUGUGUACAACAUGUGAGACGCAACUGCCACCUCACCUGACCAUUAGUCAUAGCAUAUCUGACAAGCAAGAAAACGUCUGUCGGCUGUUAGCAGAGCAUAGCCCCACACAGAAGCAUUUGUCAUGCAGCACUUUGGCAGGAAGUCUAUCCUCCAGCCUGCCACUACUACUGGGCUGGAGUGAGGCUGGGGUGAAGAGCAGGAUAUAGGCUGAGGGUAAUGUUGAGCUGCCAGAUCCAUCAUAAUGUAGUGAAUGAUCAUCAUGCUCAUGUUGCAACCCACCCACGGCUGAGGUUACCAGUACAGAGGCCAGGGUGUCCGAGGCCCUUUGAAACCUCAGUGGUGAAACACUGCAUGCCUUGGCUUCUCCCCUCAACAGCUUUCUGGUGGAAGUAUUCCAUUACCAGGUUUCACAACGUGUGUUGCUCGUAAAUAUCCAUAGGAUAUUUACAGUAUCCCAUUCCCAGUCAUACUUUUCUAACAUUAAAUCAUGUCAGGACCUUCAAAGUGCUAUUUUCACACUUUUUUGAAACUCUUUCUUAUCUGACCCUUCUAAUGUUCCAUAGGACAAUAGGAUUGAGGAAUGUAUUUGUUCAUCAUGAAAUCCCUCGGUGUUGUUGACGUGUAGUACAGUGAGUCGGUGGAUAUAGUAAUUUCCAUCCGGAGGCUGUGGCUUCCAUGGCGCUGACUGGUGGAGGCAUCGUGUUUCAUCAUGGUUGUCAGGUGAAAGCAAAGCCACAAAGGCCAUGGAGACCAAGAACAACCAGCACUGGCUGCCUGGCUGAGUCCCUCUCAUUGGAAACGGCCCUGGGCACUAGGCUGGCCUGGGCAUUUCUCUCUCCCAUCUCUUUGUCUGCCCUGCAAAUUAUUUACAGUGAGAUUCCUGUCUCUGACAAAAGGGAAGCAUUUUUCCUCCUGUGUGAAAGGGAGAGCGGAAGAGCGGUUCAGAUGACAUGAUGUGGUUUGGCUUGUUGGGGCUGAAAAUAGAGCGCAUGUUGGUGAGGUCUGGAGGGACAAACAUCCCCGGUGGGAGGGAGGGGUAGGGGGACCCUGUAGAUAGCAGGUCAGACCCUGUCCGUGACCUCCGAUAUGGUGGCAGUGUUUUCCGAUAAUAUGCAAUUUUUUGCUCUAUUUUGGUGGCCUCUGUUACAUUCUAAUGCCUUGAUUCCAUCUGAAAUACAUAGCUAAAUUAUUGAAUACUUUGAGUUUACCUCCCAGAUUGGUAAAAAGAGUUGAGUAGAAAGACAAUUAAAAUGACUGAAAAUGUACUGUAUGAAUUCAGUGUAUUGUUAGUUGUUUUGGAUAUUGUCUAGACCUAUAUGAUCAGGACUAUUUUCUGUUAAAGAGAACAUUAAACCUGUGUUCUCUUGAGUAGUGUUGCAUGGUAUACCGAAACGUGUACUUUUUCAACAAAAAAAAAGGUUCGGUACUAGAAUUCUUGUUACGUUUGAGACUUCUGUCAAAUGCGUCUCACGUGAUGGGGUGGAUCAAGUCUAUCAGUGCAGCCCCUUUUUAUAGUGCAAAGAGCAAAGUGCCUGCUCCACUUUCUCAUUCAUUGCUAGAGUUGUCUGGGCUGUUGUCAGCUCUCCAGUCCCCACCACAGGAGGUUGGUGGAACCUUAAUUGGGGAGGACGGGCUCGUGAUAAUGGCUGGAGUGGAAUAGGUGUAAUGGUCUCAAAUACAUCAAACACAUGGUUUCCAUGUGUUUGAUGCCAUUCCAUUUGCUAUUUUCCAGCCAUUUAUUAUCAGCCGUCCUCCCCUCAGCAGCCUCCACUGGUCCCCACUCAUGCUGCACAAAAGUUUACACACUUGAAUAUUGCAACACGGUAUGUAGAAAUGUUUAAACUGUUCAUUACUGUUCGCAAAAAACUAUGUCCAUACAGGCUAGAAAACUUUUCAAAUGCAAGACGAUACUGGUAGCUUCCAGCUUUAAUUUUAGGCUAACCUUCCUUGCUAGCUUACAGCUGAAUUCACUGCCUAGUAGUACUUUGUUUGUGAUAAUAUGCAAACCACAAAGCAGAAUAUGCUGAUUUCAAAGCUGACUGUCUCCAAAAACGUUAUUAAUCCACUUCGUCUCCCUCGCCACCAAAAACGAAUUCACUUCUUCUUCCUUUGCUUUCCUGGUUUCCACUAGAUUCAAUAGUCAGAUUCCACAGACACAUUCUGCCUGGCGAAUGACGUCAUUCAUUUCUUAAAGAGGGAGCGCACACUUUUAGAAAAGAGAUUGCAUCUUCUAUGCAAAUGUUGUUAAUCAGUACAAUAAAAUAAGUCCUAAAUGGAGGGGAUUAUUUGUCAUCUGUAGCCCUAUGAAAUCAGCUAAAAUAAGCUCAAUAACUCAAUUCAUGCACACACUCCUAUUGAAUAAUAUUUAUUCACCUGUAUUCUGAAUAGAGCUAGGCUACAUCUUGAUUUGCCCAGUUUAUCAAUAGAGAUUUACCAUUCAAAUAAAUGAUUACCAUUAUGUUGUUUUUUAGUUAGAUUGGUAAAAACAAAGUCAAAUAGAUUUUACAAUUAAUGCGUACUUGGCUGUCUCAAAAAAAUGACUUUGGCUAAUAUGUAUUUUUUCUUUUUUGUGGUAUUGUUUUUGUAUGAGUAUCGUGAUGGUAUUGAGCAUUGUGAUACUAAACCUGGUAUCGGUAUCGAAGUCCAAAUUCUGGUAUCGUGACCACACUGCUCUUGAGAUUAAAGUCAUAUUUACAUUUUUACUGCAAGAUAUGGAUUGCCACAAUGAUGUUUGUUCUUCAAAUUAUGUAUUUUAUUAAAGGUCCAAUGCAGCCGUUUUUAUCUCAAUAUUAAAUCAUUUCUGGGUAACAAUUAAGUACCUUACUGUGAUUGUUUCUUUUUGACCAUUUUAAUUAAAAAACAAAAAUUGAUUCUUAGCAAAGAGCAAUUUCUCAAGCAAGAAUUUUGCUAGGACUGUCUGGGGUGGUCUGAGGGGGAGGGGGAAACUGAAAACUAGCUGUCAUUGGCAGACAGGUUUGAAACUCUUUUUCUUAUUGGUCUAUUAACUAAUUUACCGCCUGGUGAUGUCACCAGGCAGGCCAAAAUGCCAUCCCACCAAAACAGGCUGAAAUUUCAGGCAGUCUUUUCAAACAGCAUUAUCAUCAUGUUCACAAUUUCACAGUAUUAUUCCAACCUAGAUAGAGAGAUACAGUUGAAGUCGGAAGUUUACAUACACCUUAGCCAAAUACAUUUAAACUCAGUUUUUCACAAUUCCUGACAUUUAAUCCUAGUAAAAAUUGCCUGUUUUAGGUCUGUUAGGAUCACCACUUUAUUUUAAGAAUGUGAAAUGUCAGAAUAAUAGUAGAGUGAUUUAUUUCAGCUUUUAUUUAUUUCAUCACAUUCCCAGUGGGUCAGAAGUUUACAUACACUCAAUUAGUAUUUGGUAGCAUUUCCUUUAAAUUGUUUAACUUGGGUCAAACGUUUCAGGUAGCCUCCCACAAGCUUCCCACAAUAAGUUGGGGCUGACGUUUGGCAACUCGAACCUUCAGCUCCCUCCACAGAUUUUCUAUGGGAUUAAGGUCUGGAGACUGGCUAGGCCACUCCAGGACCUUAAUGUGCUUCUUCUUGAGCCACUCCUUUUGUUGCCUUGGCCGUGUGUUUUGGGUCAUUGUCAUGUUGAAAUACCCAUCCACAACCCAUUUUCAAUGCCCUGGCUGAGGGAAGGAGGUUCUCACCCAAGAUUUGACGGUACAUGGCGCCCCCCCGUCCAUCGUCCCUUUGAUGCGGUGAAGUUGUCCUGUCCCCUUAGCAGAAAAACACCCCCAAAGCAUAAUGUUUCCACCUCCAUGUUUGACCGUGGGGAUGGUGUUCUUGGGGUCAUAGGCAGCAUUCCUCCUCCUCCAAACAUGGCGAGUUGAGUUGAUGCCAAAGAGCUCGAUUUUGGUCUCAUCUGACCACAACACUUUCACCCAGUUCUCCUCUGAAUCAUUCAGAUGUUCAUUGGCAUACUUCAGACGGGCAUGUAUAUGUGCUUUCUUGUGCAGGGGGACAUUGCGGGCGCUGCAGGAUUUCAGUCCUUCACGGCGUAGUGUGUUACCAAUUUGUUUUCUUGGUGACUAUGGUCCCAGCUGCCUUGAGAUCAUUGACAAGAUCCUCCCGUGUAGUUCUGGGCUGAUUCCUCACCGUUCUCAUGAUCAUUGCAACUCCACGAGGUGCGAUCUUGCAUGGAGCCCCAGGCCGAGGGAGAUUGACAGUUCUUUUGUGUUUCUUCCAUUUGCGAAUAAUCGCACCAACUGUUGUCACCUCCUCACCAAGCUGCUUGGCGAUGGUCUUGUAGCCCAUUCCAGCCUUGUCUACAAUCUUGUCCCUGACAUCCUUGGAGAGCUCUUUGGUCUUGGCCAUGGUGGAGAGUUUGGAAUCUGAUUGAUUGAUUGCUUCUGUGGACGGGUGUCUUUUAUACAGGUAACAAACUGAGAUUAGGAGCACUCCCUUUAAGAGUGUGCUCCUAAUCUCAGCUCGUUACCUGUAUAAAAGACACCUGGGAGCCAGAAAUCUUUCUGAUUGAGAGGGGGUCAAAUACUUAUUUCCCUCAUUAAAAUGCAAAUCAAUUUUUUUUUAAAUUUACAUGAAUUUUUCUGGAUUUUUUUGUCGUUAUUCUGUCUCUCACUGUUCAAAUAAACCUACCAUUAAAAUGAUAGACUGAUCAUUUCUUUGUCAGUGGGCAAACGUACAAAAUCAGCAGGGGAUCAAAUAUUUUUUUCCCUCACUGUACAUUACAUAGGACAUGUAAAUUCACUCACAGGAGACGAUAAAUAAGCAUCAUGAAAAUAAAUUUGACUGCAACCAACCACAGCGCACAAAUUUUGCACAGGUACAGAGACACAGGACAGCCAGCAGACUGACGAACCAGCAGUUUCGCUUUGUGACUGACAGGCACCUGUCCUAUAAAUAGAAGACGAUGCAUAUCAUUCAUUCUAGCGAGAGAGGGCUAUACAGACUUUUCUGACUAGUGAAUUUAAACUUUAAAAUGAAAAGUAGCCCAGUUAAUUUAUGAAGUGGGCACUUAAGGAAAACACUGUGGUGGAAUAUGAAAUAAGGUCACAUUGCUGUCAAAAUGGUCAAUGGUUGUUUUGAUAAACCUGUCAUUCUCUCGUGUUGCAGUGUAUGGGACGUUCUGUGGCAGCUUGAAGUCCUACCCCAGAGAGAUGCACACAGACUCAAAUGAGGUCAUCGUACAGUUCCGCAGCGGGCGUCACAUCUCCGGCCGAGGGUUCCUUCUCUCCUACUCCACUGGGGACAACAGAGGUUUGAGGCUCUUCCUCCAGAUCUAGAACUACACCUAAACUAAUGGUUAUGCUGUUUUAAUAUUGAAGUCUGAAUGUGGCAUCUGUGUCCUGUUCUGUCCGUCUUGGUUGGCGGACAGUCAGUGCUACUGGUAAACCAAUCAGCUUUGCCACAUGCCACGGCUUGCCUUUCCUCUUCUUUUCUCUGCGCAGGGUGAACCCGGAGCUGUUGGGGCUGUUUCUACAGGCAUCGUUUUCAAACACAGCAUAGACCGCUGUUAAUCAGACCAUAUUGAAUAAGACACACCAUUCACACACAGCGUGCUGAUCCAGGAGAUUAUAGGAGUCAGUUUACAAACUGGUUUUGGUGGAUAUGCCUGUUUCCACCGUUGUUGUUGUUAACCAAAGCAUAAUGUAGAUGACAGUUGGUCGCUAACAUGCUGACCAAACCGUCUGCGUGCGCCAUCGUGCGCAUGUUGAUUUUGUCUAUCCCCAUUAGACGCGUUCAUGACACGCAGGUUAAAAUACCAAAACCAACUGUGAACCAACUAUAUUAAGUUGGGGACAGGUCGAAACACACAUGAAACAUUCAUGGACAUUUAGCUAGCUUGCUGUUGCUAGCUAUUUUGUCCUGGGAGAUAACCAUUGGGUUGUUAUUUUACCUGAAAUGCAUAUGGUCCUUUUUUUUGUUGCUAUAUCUUUGUAGACGUUUGACCCAUUUUGAGUCGUACAAAAUUGUGUGUUCUCUACUCUGACAAUUAAUCCACAGAUAAAAAGGGGAAACCUAGUUUGUUUUGUUUGAUUCAUCUCUCCUCGUUCAUCCUUCUUCUGUGGAUUUUAUAUGGCGGUUGGCAACCAACUUUAAGGUGUGUUAUCGCCACCAACUGGACUGGAGUGUGGACUUUAUUCAUCUUUCAAUCACCCACAUGGGUAUACGCUCUUAAAAAAACAUUGAGUAGAUGGGAGAGGUGGGACUUGAAGCACGUCAAGUGUCUAAAAUAAAGUGAUAUUUUUGUGCCUGGCAAUGCAGACGCGUGCGAGCAGUUUGGAUGAAAUGAUUAAUAACAUGUAUGUGUACAUUUAUUUUGCAACACUCACGCACGCAACGCGGCCGGUUUGGUCAGCAUGUAAGAGCAAUGUGUGUGUGUGUGGGUGUACAUUAAUCUUUAUCCCAGAGGGAGUGAAGGAACCAGGGUCUUCAUCCUGUUGUUCUAGUAGUGUCCUGUUAUGGUCCUUUCUGCUCACAUGGCUGGUUUCCUCUGUCUGCUCUACUCUGAAGCCACUCAUUGUCUCUCUUCUCUCUCCUGUUUUUUUUCCUCAGAUCUGCUUACAUGUUUAGACAAAGGCAGCCAUUUCUCAGACUUAAAGUACAGGUAAGGGUGUUUCAUAUGUAGGGAUGUGUGUCUGAGACCAGUCAAUGUCUUUCUUUGUGGCCUUCAUGAACUGUAAUGGCAAUAGAAUAUUAGAUUGAUCAUGGGCCUUAAAGGAAAAUAUUACCCCUUGUUACCCAUCAGCUAGUCAAAGAUAGCUUCUCAUUUCCUCAAUAUUCUGAAAUAUUUAUACAAUUUAGAUUCAAGUAUCUUAUACAAUAUGUCUCCACUAAGUCCAUUUUGUCCACUUAGGGUGUUGUAAUGUUGGUGUCUCUGGUGUGAAGAGAUCACUCACUGAACUGUGUCUAUUGUUGUCUACCCUCACAGGAAGUACUGUCCGGCAGGAUGCAAGGCAGUGGCGGGUGACAUAUCCGGGGACAUUUCCCAGGGUUAUAGACAUGUAAGUAAAAUUCUAUGACUGUCCUCAAAGGUAGCCUACUGCAUGCUUUUUACUCUAUGUUCCCAGGUUUGUAAAAGCAGACAGAAAUGCUGUUUCGUCGCUGCCUCCUCCCUGGGGAAAGUGUAACCACAGACAUUGGUUUGGGGAUUAGUUAUUUACGAGGCAUCAGUGUGUCCUUCGAAGCCUUGGCAGCACUGUGGCCCUGACAGUUUCUAGUCCCCUGAAGCAGCCAGUCAGCCACGCAUGUGUUAAUUUACCCUUGAUUACAUUAGGCUGUCCUUUCUUCUGUCAGAGGAACACAACUGUUCAGAGGCCCCACUUAGACCAGCACCGUACUCCACCCACAGGUGCUUAGAGUAGUAGUAGUAGGUUUACUGAAUGGGCCCUUGUUAGCCAGAGAAACAGACACACCAAAAGCUGGAUAUGAGGAGUUGGCCCCAGGCUAACCAUUUGUUGCUGGUGCUUUUUUCUGGCUCCUGCUGUGGAAGUGGUUGUGAUUUGUUGUGACACUACUGUGUUGCCCGAGGGUGCUUGUUGUGUCAUUUCUCCCUCAGGGUUCAUAGUGGGGGGUGGUGGACUGGGCUCUUUGUUCCCCUGAGUCACCCCUGCCCUCCCCCAACAAACAAACACACACACACACAUAGUGGUUGUGGAGGUAUAUUGGAUGGGUAAUCUGUUUAUGUAACUGCAGUGCAUUUUUCCUCAGCAGCAGUGCUGGGUUUUGCUGUUUAGUAGGUUGCAUCACAGGCCAAGCCACAGAAGCAAGGCUGUAAAACAAAAAAUAGUGAUUGUGUAACUGGCUUAGGGCUCUUGUACUGUAGAAUGCUUUAGGCUCCUUACACAUAUUUAGAGCUAGAGAUUUCCGCCCUUUCAGUGUAAUACCUGGAAAUAGUAGCUAGAGAGUAAUACCAUAAGAUGUGUAAUACUGAGGUAAACAGCCAAACACACACAGACUAAGCACUUAAGAACUAAGCUCUGUGAGGAAGUUCUGGUCACUGACAUCCAGAGUCACUAAAGAACCGUAGUUUUACCAGCCCUCCCACAUAUGGGCUUAGGACAUAUAAAAUCAAUUAUAGGAUCUCUACGGGGCUCUGGAUCCAUGUCAUGUGGGCCCCCUGGAGGGGAUCAACCCCAGUGGUAGCCCUCCUGCCCUGUCCAGCCCUGCCUUGCUGGUGUAUCGAAAAAGAGAGGGGUUUUUCAGACCAGGGGCUUUACAUUUUACAUUUUAGUUAUUUAGCAGACGCUGUUAUCCAGAGCGACUUACAGUUAGUGAGUGCAUACAUUUUCAUACUGGCCCCCCGUGGGAAACGAACCCUGGCGUUGCAAGCGUCAUGCUCUACCAACUGGCCUUCCCGGCCUCCUGAGGGUCUGCUCUCUCUUAGGCGUGAUCAGGGCUAUUGAGUGACCAGCGGUCAGUGUGACAAUGUGACAGACAGCUUCAGGCUUAGGAAGCCCAGCAGGGAGCCCAAUCCCCACAACAAUAGGCUGCUGAAGGAGCACAAUAACAGAGAACUUCCCAACGUUCCACCGUCUGCUGCUGGGAAGAAGCAUGGGCGUCGAGUGCUGGGGGACCGAACCAUAGAGCUCGGCUCCAGAGCGAUUUGAUUAGUCCACGUUGGCUAUUGUGUAGUGAGGGUUUGGUGGAGGGCCUAGAUUAUGAGGAGAUAAAGCCUGUGGAACAGAAGGUGUUUAUCUGUCCACUGCACCCUUUCAAUAGACACGGUCAUUAGCAUUUAGACUAACACAACAUUUUGUAUGUGUUCUGGGCAGUUUGUUGUAUGGUAUUAAUGGUUCCUCAGAGUAUAUUUGGUAUAACCAUUCGCAUUGUGGAUAUUUAUUUUAUACACUGCAUAUAGGUAAUUCAUAUGUCAUCAUUCCGUGUUAAGGAGCACUGUAAGUAAAUGAAUCAUUUAGCAAUAUAUUUUGUUUUUUGAAAGGUAAUUUGUCUAUUUAGUUAGUGAAUAUGACCCUUGGGCAUUGACAGUAGGGAAGUAAGUAACAGUUGAUGGUUCCUCUCCUACUGUGUGGCGUUAAUUCCCCCUGCUGCUAAAAUGGUAAAUGUUUUUCUGAAAUAGUCUGCAGAGGUAUAGACAAGAAGGUUACCACAUGGCCAAUCUCAGUUAGAACCAGACAGUCCUUGGCUGAGGUGUUAAAGCCAUUAUCUAGUCUAUUAUGUCCCUACUAGUAGCGGCAGCAGCAGCCUUGAACCCAGCCCUGCUCCAACACCAGUCCAUGAUUAGUCUCUAGACAUAACUCUGACUGGGGACCAUUAUCUAAUAAACUAACUACCAGAGCGUAUCCAUCUGCUCCACCGGCAGACUGACAGACAGACAGACAGGCAGGCAGCAGGGCAGAGUUCUCUGUAUUUACGGUGUCCUGCCCAGCAGUAUAUAAAGGAUCAGGGUAAUAAUAAUGAGGCGGUUAAAUCUGACCCCAGAGCAGCUGUUAGUCCAGAUAAGAGACAGCCUCUGUAAAGCAGGUCCUCAGGUUCCCAGCCACUGGCCCGCUUAUGGGAUCUGUGCCAUAGAGUUGUCGAGCAGCAGCCCUCCCUCCCUCCAUCCCCCACCCAGCAUAGAAUAUGUACUCAGUGCUCACCCAUAACACCUAGUUGCCAGACCAGCCUGUCUAGAAUCUAGCUUGUCUGUAAUGGCUUUUUACAUGGAAAGGGAGGAAAUUGCUGCAGGCUGAAAUGAGCCCGAACUGAUUUUUGCACCGAGCUUUCACCUUAUCCCCAUCUUAAAGUUAGUUUAUAUUUGUUUGUUUUUCACAUUUGAAUAACAAUAUGUUUUCAGUAAUUAAUUGUUUUGUCUCUAUUAAUGUGUUUGAGUGCUUGUUUCAAUUGAUCCUUGAUAGACCCUAAUGGAGAAUGUUAUCGGCAGAGCUCGGAUACAUUUUUACAGUGCUCCAGUGAUUGCCAUGUUAAUUGUAAGUCAUCAAUUGUAAGUCAUCAACCCUGUCUUUUGGAGGAAAUGUCUGUUUUAUACUCUUAUCUCUCAAAGAGGUCAUUCCUACCUGACCCAGCCCUUCAUUUCAGCAGCAAGGUGGGGCAUUCACUGAGAGGUAGCCAGCUAGCUAUUUCCAGAGCUAUGAUCUGUGACAAGGUACUGCUUUUCUAAGUAACACACCACCGAGAAGUAUGUUUGACAUUCCUCCUAUAGCUACAAUUACCGUCGUCCCUGAAUGCAAUCACAAUGUUUCGUGACCUACACGGUCUUGAUGAAAUUGUUUUUGCCAUACGUAGUGUGUCUGUGUGGUAGCGGUUCCAGAGUUUGGCUAGCUCACGGUCAGACUUCUCCCACCCUCACUGUGUUUAGUCAUGAUUGUUAUCUGUGCUGUCUGUCUGUGUAAUAUAUCAUAUCUCUCUGCAUUCAGACGUCUGUGCUGUGUAAGGCUGCGGUCCAUGCCGGGGUUAUCCUGGAUGAGUUAGGGGGCUGGGUAUCCGUGGAGACCCAAAAAGGCCUGAGUCACUACCCCGCCACCAGAGCCAAUGGGAUCCAGUCCAAAGAGUGAGUACUGGGGAAUGACAUGCCAUGAUUAAGAGGAUAGGCAGUACAACAGCAGUAGAAUGAAUGUUAGGCAUUAUAUGUUUCCCUUAACAGCACUAAAGGCUACUACUAAGGCUGCGUUUAGAUAGGCAGCCCAAUUCUGAUCUUUUUUUCACAAAUGUGUCUUUUGACCAAUCAGAUCAUCUCUGAAAAAUAUCUGUUGUGAAAAGAUCAGAUGUGAUUGGUCAAAUUAUCAGAAUUGGGCUGCCUGUGUAAAUGCAGCCUAAGCAGAGGUACCAAUUGGUGUCCACAAACAUUAUCUACUGGCUUAGGAUAAUUCUUUGUAAGAUUCUGAAGGAAAUUGGUUGACAAUAACUUUCCUAAAGGAACACAAACCUGCAUGAUGGGACACCUCAUGUUCUUUGUCAUCUCUGCUUUGAGUGUUAAAUAAAUGGCACAUGCCCACUGCCCCUGACCUUGGCUAGUAUACCUCAGUCAAAACAGGAUUCAUCAGGCAGGGCUAGCGGGCUAGCAUUCCUGCUCUGUUUCAGCAAUAAGAUGAGCCAGCUCCUCGCUAAUGUCAGAGACACUGAGUCUAUUCUAUGGCAAUCACAGAGAUUUAUAAUGGAGGUCUGAGGUGGCUGAGGAGAGAAUAAUAUUGGCCAUCACUAAUUAUUGGCUGCAGCGUAUAGUUGCCUCACAAACAUGUAAUACAGUGGUGCAUCUCUAAUAUUAUGACAACAGAGUAAAGGCAAAUGAGCCAGAAAUAAUUGGAUUUGAGUCUUAAAGAAAUGGCCAUCACUCAAGCUGUCUGUAAUAUUCAGUGGGGCACAGGAUUCUGUCAUUUAGAAGUAAUAUAUGCAAAGAUAACCUGAUAAGUUGUGCAUAUCACAAAUAGGCUUCAGAGCCCUAAGGCCUAUAGCUAUGUGAAUGCAUUGAAGCUAUAAUGGCAAAUAAAAUUGAGUCAUUUUGAAACGUAUGGGUCAGAUUUUCACAAAUUGCAUGGUAUUGAUUGGCCCACUAUGCAUAUUGAACGCUGCUCAUCAUUCAAUCACUUUCUUAAUGUGUAAAUGUCAACUAUUAUUAUGUGUGUAGCAAAUUAAUCUUAACUGUACCUUUGUCCUACUGAACCUGUAUAUUAACAUAUUGUACACUGACGUUUCUUUAUACAGUGCCUUGCAAAAGUAUUCAUCCCCCUUGGCAUUUUUCCUAUUUUGUUGCAUUACAACCUGUAAUUUAAAUGGAUUUUUAUUUGGAUUUCAUGUAAUCGACAUACGCAAAAUAGUCCAAAUUGGUGAAGGGAAAUGAAAAAAAUAACUUGUUUCAAAAAAUUCUACAAAAUAAAUAGCUGAAAAGUGGUGUGUGCAUAUGUAAUAAUAAUAAUAUGCCAUUUAGCAGACGCUUUUAUCCAAAGCGACUUAGUCAUGCGUGCAUACAUUUUUUUUGUGUAUGGGUGGUCCCGGGGAUCGAACCCACUACCCUGGCGUUACAAGCGCCAUGCUCUACCAGCUGAGCCCCCUUUCAUAUGAAGCCCCUAAAUAAGAUCUGAUGCAACCAAUUACCUUCAGAAGUCACAUAAUCAGUUAGAUUGCACACAGGUGGACUUUAUUUAAGUGUCACAUGAUCUGUCACAUGAUUUCAGUGUAUAUAUACACCUGUUCUGAAAGGCCCCAGUCUGCAACACCACUAAGCAAGGGGCACCACCAAGCAAGCGGCACCAUGAAGACCAAGGAGCUCUCCAAACAGGUCAGGGACAAAGUUGUGGAGAAGUACAGAUCAGGGUUGGGUUAUAAAAAAAUAUCAGAAACUUUGAACAUCCCACGGAGCACCAUUUAAAAUCCAUUAUAAAAAAAUUGAAAGAAUAUGGCACCACAACAAACAUGCCAAGAGAAGGCCGCUCACCAAAACUCACGGACCAGGCAAGGAGGGCAUUAAUCAGAGAGGCAACAAAGAGACCAAAGAUCACCCUGAAGGAGCUGCAAAGCUCCACAGCAGAGAUUGGAGUAUCUGUCCAUAGGACAACUUUAAGCCGUACACUCCACAGAGCUGGGCUUUACGGAACAGUGGCCAGAAAAAAGCUAUUGCUUAAAGAAAGAAAUAAGCAAACACGUUUGGUGUUCGCCAAAAGGCAUGUGGGAGACUCCCCAAACAUAUGGAAGAAGGUACUCUGGUCAGAUGAGACUAAAAUUGAGCUUUUUGGCCAUCAAGGAAAACGCAAUGUCUGGCGCAAACCCAACACCUCUCAUCACCCCGAGAAGACCAUCCCCACAGUGGUUUGGUGGUGGCAGCAUCAUGCUGUGGGGAUGUUUUUCAUCGGCAGGGACUGGGAAACUGGUCAGAAUUGAAGGAAUGAUGGAUGGCGCUAAAUACAGGGAAAUUCUUGAGGGAAACCUGUUUCAGUCUUCCAGAGAUUUGAGACUGGGACGGAGGUUCACCUUCCAGCAGGACAAUGACCCUAAGCAUACUGCUAAAGCAACACUCGAGUGGUUUAAGGGGAAACAUUUAAAUGUCUUGGAAUGGCCUAGUCAAAGCCCAGACCUCAAUCGAAUUGAGAAUAUGUGGUAUGACUUAAAGAUUGCUGUACACCAGUGGAACCCAUCCAACUUGAAGGAGCUGGAGCAGUUUGCCUUGAAGAAUGGGCAAAAUCCCAGUGGCUAGAUGUGCCAAGCUUAUAGAGACAUACCCCAAGAGACUUGCAGCUGUAAUUGCUGCAAAAGGUGGCUCUACAAAGUAUUGACUUUGGGGGGGUGAAUAGUUAUGCAUGUUCAAGUUCCGUUUUUUUGUCUUAUUUCUUGUUUGUUUAACAAUAAAAAAUAUUUUGCAUCUUCAAAGUGGUAGGCAUGUUGUGUAAAUCAAAUUAUACAAACCACCAGAAAAAUCCAUUUAAAUUCCAGGUUGUAAGGCAACAAAAUAGGAAAAAUGCCAAGGGGGGUGAAUACUUUCGCAAGCCACUGUAGCAAUGCUAACAUAUUCUAUACAAAGGCAUGUAUAUUUACAAAUGCUUUGCUUCAUUGCUUAAUUGGAUUCACUGGCUAUACUGUACAUGCACUGCUGAAUUUAAUAUGUUCAGUAUCUUUCUCUGGCUCCUUAUAGACCUUGAGUAUUUGUGGAUUUCCCUUGAAAAGUGCUGUGUCGUCAAAUCUACAUAAAGUAUAGUGCUGCUCUGUUGUAAAUGUAAAACCCCAGCACAUUUUCCAAAUGCUUGGCCUUUGCUGAAAGGGGUGAAUACUUGGGUUGUGUCAGAACACGUUGUUAACUGUAACACUCCAACUGUAUUUAAGGUGGUAUGAAUGAAAUGCAGAGAGGAUUGGAUGCUGUUAAGCCAUUGUGUUAAGAUAAGUUUGACAUUUCCUCAUGGGAUUCUGCUGGAUUUGGACAUGAAAAAUGUGGAAGAAAAGAUGGUCAUCCCUUUCACUUAAUCAACCACAGCCCCAUGCUUCCCACCUCUAGGGUGGCUGACGUUAAAGAUGUAACAGUGUCUCUGGAAGAAAAUAUCAAUAUCUUGUUUGUAAUAUGAAAAUGGAUCAUGUCAAACCAAGAUGGACACCUGUGUGUUGUUCGUACUGUAUCCGCGUUGUAGCAGGAUCAGUUACAUUUUGACUGAGAUACUUAGAUUAUUUUGACACUCGAGUGAAAUUUAGUACCCACAUUAAAGCGUUUUAUCUUUUGUAGUUUGACACGCCUCUCUAAUCGUCCAAAAAUAUAAUUUAACCACCACAUCUGCUUUUCUGAACUGUUCAAAGACAUCAGAUUCAGGAAGCCAGUGAAAAUGAGAGGUUGUUAAGUGAUGGCUUUGAAAGAUACAAUUCUUCCAACUAGCCCCCUUUAAUUCACACCAACUCUGGUGUCUUAAUGUGUUCAGGUUAAUCCCCUAGUUACAGGCAGCGAGGAGAGAAGAGACUCCACAGAGAGUGUAGGAGGACAGGGGAAACAAAGCACAGGGUCCUGGGUGAAGGCUGAUUUGGGAAGAGAACGGGAGGGGUGACAAUUUGUGGGAUGCUCCUUUGUGGCCACAAUGGGUGUUCCUCCACAAUGGCAGGUCCUCAAUGCAUCACUGUUAAUUGUAAUCAUUGAAGCUAACAGCCCACCAUUGAUGGAAAUCUUAUUUUUCUUCUUCCAGCGGUUCUUUGUCCGAUGCUCUCUUCACGUUCGUCACUAAUGGUAAGAUUUGUUUUGUUCUCAUUCGCUACUGAUUUUAUGCUCUUAAAUAUUUGUUUCUCAAACAACAAUUUCUUAGGCUAUUUUGUUUAUCGCCGAAGAAAAUGUGCUGCGUUUUCAUCAGGCAGGAAUUUGUCAAUGCCUAUCUACCACUUACUAAAUGAAACAUUUUAUGCUGGAAUUUCGGGACAAUAUGCUGAUAGGUGUUGAAAAAGGGAAAUAAUUCACAGUCAACAAGUGCCAAACGGGCAAAAUACCUACCUGAUUUGGAAAAAUUAAAGUUACCGUAGUCGCAUCUUAUCUUGGGAAACGUGGGAACCCCUUAUCUCUUGUCUGUGUUUAUUUUAAUACGGCUGUUUGCAGUCUGGCACAGUUUCAUCCAGUCAGUCAACUCUACCUGUGGAGAUAGGCUCUGGCUAUCUAUCUCACAGCAGGCAGGCCUCCUGGGAACGCGCACAAAUAAUCACACUCACGUCAUCCCAGAGACCCUGGACCCACUCCAAUUUGCAUACCGCACCAACAGAUCCAAAGAUUAUGCAGUCUCUAUUGCACUCCAUACUGCCCUCUCCCACCUGGACAAGAGGAACACCUAUGUGAAAAUGCUGUUCAUUGACUACAGCUCAGCGUUCAAUACCAUAGUGCCCUCCAAGCUCAUCACCACGCUGAUCCUCAACACAGGGGCCCCUCAGGGGUGUGUGCUGAGUCCCCUCCUGUACUCCCUGUUCACCCACAACUGCGUGGCUGCGCCCGACUCCAACAGCAUCAUUAAGUUUGCUGACGACACGACGGUGGUAGGAAUGAUCACCAACGAUGAUGAUACAGCCUAUAGGGAGGGGUCAGAGACCUGGCCGUGUGGUGCCAGGACAACAACCUCUGCCUCAAUGUCAGCAAGACAAAGAAGCUGAUCGUGGACUACAGGAAACAGAGGGCCAAGCACGCCCCCAUUCACAUCAACAGGGCUGUAGUAGAGCGGGUCGAGAGCUUCAAGUUCCUCUGUGUCCACAUCACUAAGGAUUUAUCAUGGUCCACACACACCAACACAGUCGUGAAGAGGGCAUGACAACGCCUCUUCCUGCUUAGGAGGCUGAAAAGAUAUGGCAUGGGCCCUCAGAUCCUCAAAAAGUUAUACAGCUGCAAUGUUGAGAGCAUCUUGACUGGCUGCAUCACUGCUUGGUAUGGCAACUGCUUGGCAUCCGACUGCAAGGUGUUGCAGAGGGUAGUGCGUACGGCCCAGUACGUCACUGGGGCUGAGCUCCCUGUCAUCCAGGACCUCUAUACCAGGCGGUGUCAGAGGACCCUGAACAGCUUCUACCCCCAAGCCAUAAGACUGCUAAAUAGUUAGAUAAAUAGUUAACUAAAUAGCUACCCGGACUACCUGCAUCAACCCUUUUUGCACUAACUUUAUUGACUCAUCACGUAUGUUGCUUCUACUGUUUAGUAUCUAUCCUGUUGCCUAUCUCAAUUACCCCUGCACAUCGACUCGGUUCUGGUACCCCGUGUAGUUAGCCAAGUUAUCGUUACUCAUUGUGUAUUUAUUAUUUUUAUUAUUACGUGUUAUUACUUUUCUAUUAUUUCUCUAUUUUUUUCUCUCUGCAUUGUUGGAAAUUGCCCGUAAGCAUUUCACUGUUAGUCUACACCUGUUUUUUACGAAGCAUGUGACGAAUAAGAUUUGAUUUGAAAUAAAACGUUGGUGUUUAGUAUAGAGAGCAGAAGUAUUCAUUCAGACACAUGAUGAUACAACUCCGAUUGACUCAGACAGCAUCAAUGUUCACAUGACACCUGACAAAUGAUGCCCCAUGACAUACUUUCCCUAGUCUGGAUGCUUCAUGACCUCGUCAACAACGUUGAUGUCCCACACUUUAAUCAAGACUAGCUCCUUAUUGACUCUCCUCUCUGUCUACUCUCUCAUUAUGUUGGAAUGGUGAUGAGUACAGGAGUCAUAGCUGCCUUAGGGUCAUAGUACAUAAGGGUUUAGUUGGUUGUAGAGUUGACAGGGCCCAGGUGUUUAAUCAGAGUUGUAACCAAGGGUUGGAUUCUAGUUUGUUGAAGAGUUGACAGGGCUUUAGUCAGAGUUGUUACGUAGGGUUUUAGUUUGUUGUGGAGUUGACAGGGCUUUAGUCAGACCAGGUGCUCCUGUGACUGUUCUGACAGGAUGUCUCCCCUCAGAAAGAAGUGGGCUUUAGAAAAGCUGGGCUCAGAUUCCCCUAAUGCUUCUCCACUGCCUUUUGCGCUUUUUUACAACAUGUGACUCCAGUUAAGAGUACAGACGCUGAUUUUUAAGACGGUUACAUUUCCUGUUGAGUCAAUGCUCACCACGAUUGGUUGAGUUAUUGGUUCCACAUGCAUUUUAUUAUGUUAAUUAAAUGCUAGUGCAAAGUUGAGAAACAAUAUACAGUCCCCCUCCUUUGAAUUCGGUUUAAACUUCAUGAUUUAUAAUCCAUAAUAAACCAGAAAAACUAAAACAAGCAGUAAUGUUGGAGGGAGACAGAGGAAAUGGUGGGAAUAUUUUGGUUAAGUUAAUUUUUUUCCUCUUCUGUUGUUUUCUAGACUGUAAGAACCAGUCAGUGCUGCGGCCUGUGUCUGUGAGUGCCAGUUCAUGGUGGCAGAGGGAGAUGGGUCAUCAGUCUGACUGGGCGCCCAACAGUUCCCAGGCUGACCCAGGAUCAGGGAGCCGCUGCUGGACUGCAGACCAGAACGACAGCCUGCAGUGGCUCCAGCUGGACCUGGGGGAGAAGAAGAGGAUCACAGGUGAGAUAAGAGUCCUACUCACGGGAAUCUGCUUUCAAACAUGACUCAUCCAAAACUCCUCUCUACCUGACUAACAAUAGAAGCUAAGUAGCACUCCUUUUUUUCUCAGGGUUUAUUUAUUUAUUUGGAUCCCCAUAUUGGCUCCACACACUAUAGAGCAUGUCCGGCUUGCCCAGCAUGCCUUUGGGUUACCAGGCUAAGCUUAUUUUAAUACCUAUUUUUGUUGGAAUUUUGAGCUUUGGUUGUAGCCUGCUGGUACAGAUUUCCACCGUUGCCACGCUCUCUGUCCUGGUGAAUGGCAAUCCCUUCUUACUGGGCCUGCUCCGUGCUCAGCAUACUGUAACCGUUAACCGUAAUUAAGCAGGAGCCCUGGUGUUCUUGGCCAAGUCAUAAAGGAUCAAUGGCAGAGCUUUGCUGUAGAGUUCCUCCCUCGUGGCAUCAAUUUAUAAACAGGCAUUUAGUUUUAACCCUCUCCUGCCUGGCUGCUUCCCCCCACAUUCAUACAUUUACAUUACAUUUUAGUCAUUUAGCAGACGCUCUUAUCCAGAGUGACAUUUAGUGAGUGCAUACAUUUUUUUUGUACUAUUUUUUUUUCAUAGCCCUCUGUAGAGGAUGGUAAAAGGAUUAACACUCAACAAGAACACAUCUGUCGGAGAAAGCAGAGUAUGGAUAGAAAUGGGAUCUGAUCCAGGGGGUUGUUUAGAGGGGAUAGUUAUCCUUAUAAAGGGGUCUUUCUCGUGAUUUAACUCUGGAGGGCUCACCACUGCCAAACUGUGACACGUGCACUCCACACACACACACACACACACACACAGACACAGACAGACACACGCAUACACACAGCGUUAGAGAAUGCUCCUCUGUAUUGCUUCUCCACAAACAAGAGAGCGAUUUACAAAGGCCAGGUUAAAUAUAGGACCAUGCCGGACAAGAGUUUAUUUUGAGCGUGGUGUGUGUAGUCAGCAAGUCCCAAGUUAAUUUCAUGCUUCUUUACAAUACAUUGAGUUCCAGUCAAUAAAGAAUGUCUGCUUUGUCUGCCGGUUCCGAAAUUCAGAGUUAAGGGGAACAUCGUAUUGAUUGGAAUGCGAGCCAUUGAAAAUGGAAGCACUUUUAUCAUGGAAUUGUUGUUGUGCAACAAUCGUUAGAUUCUAUAGGCUGAGGAAUACAACCCUUUCUGGUACUCUCAUUAUGGUAGAUCAGAUUUCUGUUGUUGUCAGUGUCAACAUUUGUGAAUUGGAAAAUCUUACACUCAAAGUACACCAAAAGUACAAUUUCAAACAUGAACCAACAAUCCAAUAGUUACUUUCAAUACCUUGAGAGUCUGAGAUUCUGUAUUUGAAAUAUGACCGUCAUUUCCUAUAAUGAUAGGUGUGCUGCGUCUCCAUAUAACCCACAAUGCCCUAUGUAAUGUGGAGUAAUGACAGGUUGCGGGUCGCCCGUCUGCCGCCAUAUUGUUCUGGCCUUGUGCCAGGUGCUCAUCUGCCACAAAAAUGCUAAUCAUGACUGUCUGGGAGCUGCAAAUGACUGUGAAGGUUUCCACUUGGUGGUGCAGUGAUUGUUCUGCUCUCUGAGGUGAUGUCUCCUGUCCCUGUUCCAGCACAUUCCAGGACUGACCAACGGGUGACAUCACUGCCCCGGAGACAGACAGAAAAAAUUAAAAGGGGGGGAUGAAACAUGCUGAACAAUAGAAAGAAAAUGCGACAUUUUGACUGGAGUUUUAUGCAUUCUCUGUUUUUGUUUUACAGGAAUUGUCACGACUGGCUCUACGAUGUUGGAGCAUGACUACUAUGUGAGGAGCUUCAUGAUCUGUCACAAGGAGAGUCGUCGGUGGAGGACGUACACACAGAACAACAGAACACAAUACAUGGUGAGUAUUCCAUAUCCAAUUAUCUGAUAUAUGACUUCAAUAUUCAAUUGCCUGUUAGUUAAUUAUGGCACAAUAUACAUGCCUUCAUGCAUUAUUGUACAGCAACAGGCCUUCCUAUAUGUCUAAUCAAUGUCUUAUGUUACUCAUGAGGCAUAAGAAUGCAUGCCAGUCCCUCUGACCCCCCCCCCCCCCCUUCCUCACUCCCUCUGUCUCCCCCUUUCUCCCUGUCAGAUAUUUGAGGGGAACCAGGACAGUCUGCAUCAGACCAGGAACACCUUCCACCCUCCAAUCAUAGCCCGCUAUUUGCGCAUCAUACCUCACACCUGGCACCAGAGGAUUGCCAUGAGGGUAGAGCUGCUGGGCUGCACUCAUGUCAGAGGUACAAAUCCUAACCAUAUCUAACCUGACUACAGCAGAAAUAUAUCAGAGUCUGGUUGAGUGUGUCUGGCUGCAGGACCAGAUAGUGUUAUCAGUGUUUUCAGUGAGUCAGUAAUUGCGAUUGAUGACUGCCUUUAGAGAAGCUUUGGCAAGGAAGAUCAGCUGCUGUAGGGAAUUGACCUAUUGUUUUACAGUGCAUUACAAUAAAGUGGGGAAGUAGGAUAGUUCUGUAAUUUUGCUGAAUGUUUUUGGCACACCUGUUGAUAGUUUAACGCCCACUCUCUCUCUCUCUCCCUCACUAUCUCUCUUCUUCCUUUUUCUCUACUCUUCUCCCUUUCCCUCUUUACCCUCAGUGAACAUGUCAUCCCAGGUCACCCUGGAGACGGUACACACCAAACCCAAGCCUCCGGUGGGGGACGAGGAGAUCACUGAGCCGGUGCCCUCCCAGGCAGACCUAGGUACCCAUCUCAUUAAAACACUGCUUUAACCAGCCUGCAUUAAUCAUCCACCAGAUGCUUUUUGUUUGUUUGUGUAAUAACUGGCUAACAUGCUCUCUCCUCUCUAUUCUCAGUGAAGCUGGCCAUCAUCAUUGUAGCCACAGUCUUAUCUGUGGUGCUCCUGCUGAUUGGGAUUUGUGUAUUCAAGAUGCUGCAGAAGUAAGUGGCUCCUUCAUGUCAUUUGAAUAGAUAAUGUAAUGUUUUUAGAGACAGUAGUGUAAGGUCAUGUAAGAAGAGCUUGCACCUUAAUGACUCAUGGGUUUCCUGUCCCCAUGACAACGUGACUGACAUGAGCUCAGAUUGGCCUGACCUUAUACGGCCCCAUAGCAGCGGGUUCUCUCUACCGUGUGCCUACUCCCUAGAGUAUGUCUGUUAAUUAUGUGUGGGAGAUGUUGUGUGUCUGUGUCAGUAUGCAUGUGCCUGAGGGGGAGAUCUUUUCAGGAAAAGAGAGAGGGGAGGAGAAGGAAUAGAUUGUAGCGAGGGAGAGAUGUAUAGUACACUAAGGGCCAGGGAGAUUCUUAGAACGGUCCUUUGAAAUGGCUGCCUGUCUGUUGCUCAGCUAACAUAACAAGCCUGACUUGACCUGACCACCACCACAACCACAGUCAUUAGUGUCAGUGCGAGAACACUGGAGGAGGAUACACACCACAUGUGGAUCUGUACCAUUCAUCUCUUUACUAUCAGCCUUCGUUGUCUCUGAUUUAUGUGGAGGUGGAAGGUAGAGGGGCUUAAAGGCGUCCUCAUGCUUCCCAGCCGAAACAGUGCGGAAGAGUUUGUGCAUAUAUUAUGGCGACAUUUUGUGAAAUGUUUGUUCGUUUUGGACUUAGGUGAGGGUUUUGUCGGCUGUUCGGGCACACAUUUUUUCUGGAGGCAAGCCGAAGUCGGUAGCCGAAGUCUGCGCCCCUUGGUCGGUGAUUGGUCAACAGUAGGGAUUAUUCAAUAAAGUCUUUGUUGUCAUUCAACGAGAGACGACAUGUUUUCGUGCACAUUAUUCCAUUAAGAAAUACUGCACCAAACAUCUUAGUUUUAGAUGUAAAAUUGCGCAACUAAGAUCUCCUCGGGAAAAUCGUCUAAAUGAUUGACAGAUUUCUUUUGAGUUUUCUUAGAUUAAUUCAGACUAGGAAGUGGCUAUUUCGUCUCAAAAUGGACAAACAGUACUAUUGCCGCUUUGUUCUCGUUUUUCAAUCAAAUGUCUUUUUAAGGGAGUAUGCGAGCACACUCGUUCGGUUCGCCUAGCCAAACCGAACUGAAGCAUGCUGACGUCUUAAGAGGCCAUAGGUGAGUGUCAGAAGAUGUGGCCAGCUGUAUGAGUCCCCAGAGAGGAGAGUGGGUAAAAGGGAGAGGGGGAAAUGAAGAUAAACGAGAGAAGGGUGCUCAGCAGAGCCAGGCAGUGGUGUUUAGGGGACAGAGGGUAUACUACACCCCCCUGCCUCAGCUCCCCCCAGGAGGUUAUCAGAGGAAUGGGGUGAGGGAGCACCCCUGUCCUCCCUGUCACUGGAGUUCACCCCGGCAUUUGUCUUUCUGUCACAGGAAGAAGACAAAAGAGAACUCAUACGGAUCUUCAGAUGCCCAGAAAACGGGUCAGUGAACAAUGUCUCAACUCAUCUCUUGUUCAUGGCCUUAUGUUACUCUUGACUUUGUCAAAGAUGUCAUUCAUAUUACUGUACAACAACAUUGAAUAAUUGUUUGUAUGGUGAAGAUGAGCCUUAGAAAUAAUCCUUAAUUUAUAAAUUGUAGGUAGGAAAAUAUACAUAAUAGGAAAAUCCAUGUUAUAGUGAUACUCAGUCAGCUGACAGGCUGCAUAUUAUUCCUUGUCUUUAUGGCUGCUUUAAUGAAACUACCAGAGCCCAUUUGUUGAUCUGUGACAACAUGUCUAUCAGUCUGUGCUGUGUAGUGGGGGGUUGUGGGUAGUGAAAAUUCAGUCAGGCCUGGGCUUGCAUCUGGGGCUUGUCUCUGUGCUCUCUCUCUCCCUGCUAGAGUCCUGUCAUUAUGUCUGUCUGUCUGUGGAGUUAACCAUUGUCUUUUUACUGCCUCCGCCUGCCUGCCGGCCCUCAGGUUGCUGGAAGCAGAUCAAGCAGCCGUUUGCCAGGCACCAGUCCACAGAGUUCACCAUCAGCUACAGUUCAGAGAAAGACCCCAUACAGAAACUAGACCUGGUCACCAGCACCAUGGCAGGUGAGGACACAUGCACACACUGAGACGUACGUCCAUACACCCACACUUCCAAUCAUCACAACUCAAGAGCCUGAGGCACCCAUGGAAGUGAAUAUAGAACCAUUCUGUGGAGGCACCACUAGGGCUGUGGAGGUCACGAAAUUUCGUCAGCCAGUGAUUGUCAAACAAAUAACUUGGAGAAGCCUAAUCACCAUGACUAAACGAUCACAUGGAAUUUGACUCCCUUCAUGACUUUGUGACCGCCGGUGUGGCGGUAAUACAGUCACCAUAACAGCCCUAGGCCCCACCAACUUGUAUUGAACUUCCAUCUUCCUUCAUGAGAGGCUGGGUUACUUGUAUUGAUCCAUAAUUACUCCAUCGCCCAGGCAGUGUGUGGUGAAAACUCUGAAAGUCAAGCUCUCCACCCCAUUCACAGUAACUGUGACCCUACUCCCACACACAAUUCUCUGCUUUACAGUUCUCUGCUCACUCCAUGGCCAAAGUAAUCUAGAACUCAUUGGAAGCUUCUGGCUCAGUGUCUGAACCGACGAUACAAAGUAAGAAGACAUCACACAAUGGCCUGAAAAGCCAGUUGAUGAUCCUCUCUUCUCUGGCUCUUAUCAGUAAUUACAUGUAAUUCUGGGUGAGCUGGAGAGGGUUGAUCAUCAAAGCUGGAGCCAGUAGGAGGCUAGCUAGUGUAAUCCUUGACUUUGGAAAGUCCUCUAGUAGUCUGCUGAACAGUUCCUGACAGGCUGAGAGGCAGCCAGAUGAAUAAUGGCCCACUGCUGCUGUUAAUAAUCCACAGCUCCCCUUCAGGGCACCAAUUAUUGAUGAUUCACAUACUCUGCCAGGGUUGAAUAUUCUAUAUUUAGAUAGAUCACAGGCUCCCUGUGCACUAUAAACCUGCUACAAGUAUAUGCAGAUAAAUCAGAGAUAAUGUCUGUGUUGAAAGAAAAUGGUGUCCUUUUGAUCUAUAACGGAGUAAUAUUAUUCAUUGAGUGAAAAAAAUGAAGUUGGUGUUUUAAUAUGCUAAUUCCAAAACAGAUUGUCACAUUUUAUCACCAUGGCACUGGUAAUAAAGUUGGUAGUAUUCAGUUCUGUUCUUAAGUGGCCUGUGUCCUUGUGUCCUCCAGAGUACCAGCAGCCUCUGAUGAUUGGGAUUGGCACAAUGGCCAGGAAGGGCUCUACGUUCCGGCCCAUGGACACGGAGACCAAGGAGAAUCAUAGCGACCCCUCCAUCCACUAUGACUACCUGCACACAGCCAACCAGUAUGCCCUGCCUCUCACCAACCAGGAGCCAGAGUACGCCACACCCAUCAUCGAGCAUCACACCUUCCACAAGGACGGGUUCCUGCCCGACCCGGCUAGUUACAGCGUCCCAGGUGUGGUCCUCAGCAAGACCCCAUCCUUUAAAACCCUGGACAGGAAGGCAGGGGUGGGCUCCUCCGGGGGCUACCAGAUGCCCCAGCUCAAAAUAGACCGGGGACACAGUAACUCUGAGGGGGUCUACGACAGACCCAAGGUGAACAAGCCUGUGGUCCAGAGCAGUUGCCACUCGGACUACCAGAGGCCCCAGGCCAAGCCGGCCGUGCUGGAAACCUACUCCACCCCCAGGGACUGUGUGAGGGUGGCCCCCACCAUGGGUCACAGGCCGGACCAUAGACCAGACCCUGAGGGCAGUUCUGGAGGAACCUGACGAUAGAACAUCUCUGGGACUACAUGACUAAACUGUCAAACUGUGAUUUUGAUCAGUUCACGGCCAUUUUAGACUGAGCUCACUGUAGCAAACACAACUGGUAAAUUAUUUCUCAACUGACUUUCGGCAUGUGGGAGACGACAGUGUUUGUGUUUGCUGGAUGACCUGGAUACAUCUGAGGCUGUGCUGGCAGACAUUUUCUGAAUAAGAAAAUACGGAUGGUUACUUUAAUUGUCCUAUUUUUUUAAGGGGUGGGGUGAUUUAUUAAAAAGCAAAUGGUGAUGGAGACAGGAAAUGUCCUCAAAAUGGGAAAAUACCUCUCCUCAUUCUCAACCGUGACUGAUGCUUGUGACUGUAACAUAACCUUAUGCUUGUGACUGUAACAUAACAUUAAGAAAUAAUGUGACUCGGUUCCUUAACUGUACAGUAUAUUUUGAGGUCAUGAUAAAGCUUUCAGAAUCUCUCGGUCUGAGGUUAAGCUGCUUUCAGCAGGGAGGCAUAGAGGAAGCAGUGCUUGUUAAAUAAAGCACCACCCCAGUUUAAAGUGGCACAUUUGUCCCCAGCGGGUCCUACUAUAGGAUACUUUACACAGUCAGUGGAGCUGGCUCUUAACAUAGAACUGUAAGGACACUCUGUGAAUGAAGUGACUGAAAGGACUGGUGUCGCCGCAUGGGGUCCCCCACAAUGGGGGCUUUGUCACCAUGUUGCAGGUGGCUCUGUGCUCUAAAGCCGACGGCUGCAUCGCUGCUCUGUAUCAGUCUGGAGGUAGAUCUGGUAAGUGUGAUCAGAGAGCCAAUGAAAAGGCAAUGGGAGAGUGUUUACAGUUAGUCUGGCAUAUUUAGAAAUGCCCAGCAGGGGAUUUAGGAGAGUAAACUGGACUACAACACAUCACAAAGCUGUGUUUUUAGAUGAUCUGUUUAACUGGACAAGGUCAAGAACUACUGUACAGGCCAGUUCCUUUUAAAUGGAUGUUGAAACAAAGCCAUGUUAAAUGGUACCGCUACUACAGUCUAGUCGAUUGUGUAUAGGUGUGUACAUACAAGUGCAUAGUUAGAAAAUGUAUAUUGCCAAGAGGAAAGAAAAAUGAAUGCUGUUGACUGUAUUAAAAGCACCUGUGAGUGUGAUGUUGCUGCUGUGUACUGAAGACAGACCUUAGGAUGGAACUAAGAACUCUUUAAUUUCUGUGAAAUAUUUUUGGGAGAUCUUUUCAGCGGGGUUGUAUGUACACGUACAGAACUGCGUCUGAUUUUUGCAAGAAGUUCUCAGACUCUCUCUGUGAUAUGUCACUCUCAUUCAAAACGUUCAGUGUGUCUACUGACUGUUGGCUGUAAGCUGAGCCCUGAAUAAAAACACCAGCAGUUGACCUCUUCAUGUCAAGGUCUCUUUACUAUGUGAAAAUGU